UUCUAACUUCAAAGCCUGCAGGGCUGACUGUGAUUAAAGAGUAUGAAGAGACUGGGAGUUUAAAAGAUUCCACCAGACAAUUAAUGGUGAACAUAAUCGUAGCUCACAUGCGUGAAAAGGAAGGAAGAGCUGUUAGUAAAGGAGCAAAAGAGUUUCAUGCCUUUGGUAUUGUGUCACUGUUCCCAACCUUGAAAGACCCAUACUCUAAGAAAGGAUAUGAACAUUUCUAUGACAUUCAGAGUAACACAGGCUUUCUUGAGUGGCGCAUGAAGACCGUUCAGCGUAAAUCCAGAACCUCCUCUACCUCACAGAGCAGAGUGGAGCUUAAAGGAGGUCCCACAUUAUCAAGAACAAUUGGAGCUCUACAUGACCAGCGAAUGGGAGAUGAAUGCAUGGAAGCUAUGUCACUCCUCCACCACACAACUGAUCAUGACACCGUGUUCAAUAAGACGAAAGAAACUUUCCACUACCGUCAACAGAUUCUCCAUGACCCUCAGCGCUCAGCUGAUGUACUACAAAUGUUUCCGCGUUUCUUGGAUGUCAAAGGACUGAUUUUGCAAGACUUCUCAUUGAUGUUUGGAGCAGAGGUUGCUUCAAGAUUCUUGGAAAAAUGGAACACCAGUUUUAAAGAAAAAGUCAUCCAGGAGGCCAGGAACCUUAAAGAGACUGCUCUGCUAAAACAGCAUUUGAAAGCUGCACAGAAGGAGGAUUCUGACACAACUGAUGAUCCAGCGCCUGGUACAGUGGCCAUGAUGAACGUGUGA